AUGGAUCAUGGUAGUUUUAUUAUAAACUCGAAAUCGGUUGAUUCUAUGCAAAAUAUUCCAUCAACAAGCAAAAUAAAUAAUAGCAUAUUUUCGUCAAUUACACCCUCCUCUCUUCCAUCAAUAGGAAGAACUAAUUCAGUUUUUGUUAACCCUGUCAGGAAUGAUGAAAAUCACUAUUAUCCAAUGACAAAAAUUCAAUUACCACCAGCAGGUAAUCCAAACGAAGGUUACUACAUAAAAGCUGUGGGACAUCAACCAACUCGCGAUUUAGGUUACGGCAGCAUGUCUAGUACAAGAUAUAACAGUAUUGAUUCGAACGCAGUUGAGUUUGGGAUGGGAAAUAAUUUAAGACAACUGGACAAAAUACAACAGCCACAGGAGGAUCCACACCAACAAUAUAUCAAUGUUCCUUAUGCGGUAGGAGAGAUGGUAACACAAAACCCAUACCCAGGCAGCUAUCCAAGUGGGAAAUAUCAAAGACGCACUACAAAUGUUUACGUUCCGGGAACUACUGCGGUAUAUCGCCCAACUUCGAAUAUUUCAGUGCCCGUUCCACAUAUGUAUCCCAAAACUGUCACAGAUAAUUCUAAUGUUGAGCCCACAUAUGAUAAAUUUAUUAGAGGUACUACUAACGAGUAUACUCCUCACAAUUCAACAUAUCCCCAAUCAAUAUGCCAAUUUACUCCAGCUAUUGUUAACCCUUCACAACAGCAGCAGCAGCAACAAAUGGUGCAAUACCCAAUGCAGGAACAGCAUUACCACUAUCAGUUGAGUACUGAUCAUCAGGAUGUCUCUCAAUAUGGGAAAAUACCAAACCAUUUCCAUAAGAAGAAAAUUAAUCAAUGUAAUAUAUGUGGUAAGAUAUUAACGAGACCUAGCUCUUUACAUUCUCAUAUGUUCGUACAUACUGGUGAUAGACCAUAUAUUUGUAAAUGGCCUAAUUGUGGGAAGACAUUUAAUGUGAAAAGUAAUAUGAAUAGACAUUACAAAUUACACUUGAAGAGACAGAUUAUUGAUGACAAACUAGGAAUCAAGAAUAAUGAAAGGAACAAAUUAAUAACUGAAAAUAAACCAUAUAUUCUUUCAAACAAUAAGGUGGGACAUUAA